AUGAACAACAAAAUGAACUACCCGUCACCUGAUAUGACUCCUGAACAACUCCAAAAACUUUUGCCGUAUAAAAAGUCUGAAGACUCGAUACAUUUUAGUCUGCCGGAUAACUUUGUUCCUGGAUCCAUCGCUUUCGCCAACUUUCCUGUCAGACCCAACAUGCGUAAACAGACAAAUAAACCAAAUAAAAAAACACAUAAUCACUCCACCUGGACUCAAAGUGAAGCAAAAAGAAUCUAUGUAAAAAAAACGAUGAAUUUAUAUCAUUGGACACAGCCUGAACUCCCCACAGACUUUGUUCGAAAAAUCAUUUCAGAUAGUUGGGAUAAUAUGACUGUCGAUGAAAAACAAGUGUACGAAAAACAGGCAAACGGCGAAUACGGGCCCUUGAUGGUUCACCCUCACUUGUCACUUAUGUAUCAAUGUGGACAGCUAGGAAAGUUUUCCAAGCAACCAGAAUAA